UACCGUGGCUCGUUGAAACCCAUAAAAACUCCAUUGUUAUCCCUAUCCAUUUUCUCCUUCUCCUUCCCCCAGGCCCAGGCGUUCUCUCUCUGAAAUCUUCAACGGUGGAUAGGAAGAAACAGGAGGAAAAUUUUUCUUCAGGAACGAGCGGCAUAAGGAGGAUAUAGAAUAAGGAGAGUAAAGGGCAACAAGAGAGAGAGAGAGAGAGAGCUUUUACUAGAUUUGAGGAGGAGAGGAUUUCCAUUAUUUCUGAUCCGGAGCUGUAAUCUCCAAGCAAUCAACGAAUGGAUUCUGAUCCGUGGGUCUCUCGCCUAGCCGCUGCAAAGAGGCAUUACUUGCUUCAGCAACAGCAGAGCUCCUACUCAGAUCGGUUUGAUGUCGAUGAGUACGAAUUGGAAGAGGAGGUCCGCUCGGAUUUUCCUUGCCCCUUCUGUGACGAGGACCACGACAUCGCAUCAUUGUGCUCUCAUCUCGAAGAUGAGCAUCCUUUUGAAUCUAAAGCUGCUGUUUGCCCCGUUUGCUCUGUUAAGGUUGCAGGAGAAAUGCUGAGUCAUAUUAUGUUGCAACAUGGCCAAGCCUUCAAGCUGCAGAGACAUCGAAGGUUACGCAGAGUUGCUAUUCCUAAUGGCCAGGCACUAUCACUUCUGGGUAAAGACCUUCGUGAGGCUCACCUGCAGGCGCUUUUGGGUGGUGGGGCUUAUCGGUCAAGUAACUCUAGUACCUCUGCUGCAGCUGCUGAUUCAUUUCUAUCUUCUUUUGCUUUAAAUUUUCCUGCAUCAGAAGCUGAAGAAACUUCAAAAUCUUCUUUAUCCCAUGUUGAUGACUUCAUUGGGAAAAAGUCAACUACAAAGGCUGGGAACCCAAGCAGUAUCGAUCUUUCUCUUAGCCAAGAAGAAAGGGAAAAGAAGCAGAGGCAGGCCACAGUCAGGGCAAAAUUUGUGCAGGAUCUGCUGCUUUCAACACUGUUUGAUGAUUAAUUCGAGUAAAGUUCAGUAAAAUUUCAUCAAAUGGAUUGUUUGUGAUCUUACAACUGUCUUUAACAGAUACAGUGAUUAUCCAUAGUGAAAUUGGUGAAUUUUCACAUCAAAAGGUGUUGAUAUGAACUCAUCUUUCAACAGUGGUAAUGCACCUUAGAAAAGUAACUUGAAUUAAUCUUGAGGUGAUUUUGAUGAAA